AUGACGCGCCCAACAAGUAAAAGAGAUUAUAAUAACAGACAUAAAUUAACUACUUCCCGUACGACUACGACAAAUACUGACAGUGAACGAAAGGAAAAGAAUUUUUCUCUUGGAUCUUUAAGUUCUAUAAAGAUUUAUCCUCGUGAUAAUCGUGGAAAUAGUAGUCAAGCAGAUCUAAAUGACAUAGCUGAUGUAAUUGAAUUACCUGAAAUUUCCAAAGUAAAAAGAAAGGAAGAUAAAUUCUAUCAACAUCUUCUACCAAUAGAAGAUGGACUUUACGAUGGCAUCGUUAAUGAUAAACUAUUACGUGAAGGCUUAGGUACCUAUAAUACUAAUGAUGGAAAGGAAUACUAUUCAGGUGUUUGGAAAAAUGAUAAAACUCAUGGAUAUGGGUAUCGUUUUGAAAACUAUGGUUCGAGUAUUUAUCACGGUUUUUUCGAAAAUCAAAUAUUAAAGGAGGGCUUUGGAAAAGUAAAAUUAGAGAAUGAUUAUGUAUAUGAAGGAAAGAUUGAAAAUGGAAAAUUUCAUGGUCUUGGAAGUUUAUCUGUAGAAAUAGAAGGUCUUCCACCACUCAAUAGACCAGGAAUAGAAAAUGGUACUCUUAGUUUAAUAGCAAUGUGGGGAAAUGGAAUAACACGAAUAGUCUUUGCUAAUGGUAUUGAACAGUACUAUGCACAUCAAUAUCAAGUAUUUCAACAUAGUUUAGAUUCAAUUAUUUCAUCGAAUAUUGAUAAUUUAGAUAAAAAAAGAGAAGAUUUUCAAAUAUUAAUUUCAUUAUUUGAGAAACGUCUUAUAGGAAGUACUUUACUUAAACAAAUUUCUGAACAUCCUGGAUUACCAAAAGAAUUAAAAUUAGCAGCUGAUUUAUUACAAAGAUUAGAUACAUGUUAUGAUAAUUUAAGAAAAUAUACCACAUUACCCUCAAGAAAAUCUUAUAGUGAUUCUUUAAAACUGUUUUGUGCAACGGGAUUAAAAACUUAUGCGAAAAGAUUAGCAUGGAUUCCUCAUGAUAAUAGAUUUAAUACGAUUUUAGCAAAAGAAAUUUUCGAAGAUGAUUUAAAUAAUUUUGCAAAGAAAACAAAAAUUUCAGAAUUAAAAGAUGUACUUGGCAUAAAUCCAUUAAUAGUUAAUCUUAUUCAAAAGAUGAUUAGUUUCGCGGAUGAAAGAUUAAAGCAAGUUUGUUCUCAUGAGCAUUGCCGAGCAUAUUUUAUGAAAAUUCAUACACAAUUGAUAAAAACUACAUGGAAAGAAUAUUUCAGAAAAUUUAGAGAAGGCACAGCAACUUAUAAAUCAGACUAUGAAGUCGAUAAGAAAUGCAAUUUCUUUACUGAUUGUUAUUCGAAUUUAUUAGAACUUCCUUUCAUAGAUCGACGUGAAUUUAACAUUGAAAUAAAGCAUUUGACAGAUUUAUGGAGAAGUUCGAAUUUUCAGAUACUCGUUGAUAAAAAACCUAUUUUAAAUCAAACAGACGUAGAUUUUAGUGAAAAUAUUUUUAGAAUUCUUCUUGAUGGAAGAGAUGGUAAAUUUAAAUCAGUAGAAUUGAUUCCUUUAAAUAUAGAAAAUAAUCGAUUAGAAGAUCUAAUAAAUUUAAUUGAAAGGGAAGCUAAUCAUCAGGAUAUUAUCGUAAUUGGAAUUUUAUAUUAUAAACAUAAUAGUUUAAGCGAUCAUUAUCUACAGGUUUUUAAUGACCUAGGAAGUAGUGAAAUCCAACGCUUAAAAACAAAUGAGUCUUGGAUUUUUAUAGUAAAGAAAAAUGGAGAAAAAAUUAAUGAAAAAAUAUAUUCAACAGUGCCAUAUACGUUGUUAAUAAAAGAAGAAGCUCUAUUUAGAGUAAAAGAAGAAAUGAAAAUAGAAGAAAACAAUGUGAAAAAGGAUAUUGAAUUGAUCAUUUAUGAAGCUAUGGAAUUUUCAGUGAAGAAUUUAACACCAUGGGAAAAUUUUUCAGCAAAUCAAUGGAAAAAAUAUUUGAAUGAAGACAUUCGUUCAGAUAUUUCCACGAAAGAAUUAGGAGAUAAAUUAUUAAUUAAAAUUCUAAAAAAAACAAAAGAUAAAAUAAAAGAAUUCUUCAAUAUGAAUUCAAAUGAAUUUCCUGAUACAUUAGAAAAAUUAAUCAUUUAUUUCCAGAGUAAUAUUUUAAGAGAUAAGACUUCUAAUUUUCAAAUUAAAAUGAAAGAAUUUAUCAAAGUCAUUGAUUAUUUAUUACAAAUAUCCGAAGGUAGAACGUCUCACAUUAGUGACUUAAUCGAUAUUCAAUUACAAUCAAUAAAAGUAUUUAUCGAACAUACACAAAAUACAAAAGACGUUAUUGAUCAUUUUCUUAAUUUUAACGUUGCAUUUAAUUAUGUAAGUGAAAAAUUUUUAACUCAUUUUGAAUCUCAUAGUUCAUUUAAUCAAACUACCUCAACGAUUUUAUCGUUAAUAAAAGAUAUUUUUAAAAAUAUCAUCAUAGAAGAAGCGAAUGAAAGUCCUCAAUCUCCUAAAAUAGAUUUAGAAUCUGAUUUAGAAGAUUCUUUGCAAGAUGCAGCUUAUAGCGGUGAUAUAGCUAGAGUAAAAGAGUUAUUAGACUCAGGCGCUAAUGUUGAUGCAAGAGGCCGUAUAUCUGGUAAAACCGCUUUACAUUUGGCAGUACUUCGUGAUGAAAAUGUUAGACUUAAACUUAUUUCAUAUCUAUUAGAAAAAGGGGCUAGUAUAUAUAUAGGAGAUAACGAUGAGAAAAGUCCGCUUGAUUAUGCAGUAGAACUUAAUAUCGAUCUAAGUUCUUUAUCAAGUUCAAUUCAACACAGAAAAAAAUACAAAUUAAAUGAACUAGAAAGCAAAUUAUCCGCUUUACAACAGAUGAAUAAUUUUCUACAUUGUUUAAGUGCUGUAGACUUAACUUGGUAUGUCGAAAAAAGUAGAAUUCAAUUGAUAGAUAAUAAUUUAUUCAGGAAAAUUCAAAAUAACAAUUUUUAUCAAGUAUUAGAUAUCGAAAGUGCAAAAAGAAUAGUCACCGACCCAUGUCCGCAUUAUCUUUUAGAUGCUAUUCAUGAUUUAGUACAACUUAUUAAUGAUAAAAGCAAAUCUCCUGAAGAAAAUCUAAUUACGAGUAUUAAAUUCAAAGGCGCAUUAUUAAUGGCGAUAGGAAAAUCAUUGAAAUAUUUUAACGAUCAAUUAAUAUACAAUAGUUUAGAACAAUUUAAGAGAGAUUGUGUUUUGCCAUUUGAAGAUUUAACGGUUAAAAAUGAAUCUUAUGAAGUAUUUUGUGAGAAACUUGAAAAAAUUGAUUUAUACUUUUUAUAUAAUAGAAAAUUAAAAGAAAUAACAUUUGAAAAAGCUUUAAAUCUAUUUCAAGAGACGAAUGAAAAUCUAUCUAAUCCAAAAAGUUUAACGAAAGCAUUUUCUGAUUAUGAAAAACAGUUUAAAGACUAUUUUAAUGAUAUAAUUAAAACAACCUUUAUUGAAAAUGUAAUUGCAGGCACAAAAAAAAUUGCGAAUUCAUCGAAAUUUAAGAGAGAAAAAAUCCCAGAGAUUAUUGCAGGGUUAUCUGUUAUACUUUCUUUUAAAGUUUCGAACUUUAUUGAAAUAAAUUCUCAAGGAAAAUAUGUUUUAAAACAAAAAUAUAAUCAAAAUUAUCUAUUGAAACCACAUUGUAUUCAAAUUCUUGGAGUUUUCUUAUUAUUAGAUUUUAAUGGUAGUAAUAAUAACAUUCCACCUAAUCAUCUUGCAGAAAUUCUAACAGGACAAGGAAAAUCUUGGGCAUUAGCUCUUUUAGCUGGAUAUUUCAGUCUAAUGGGUUAUCAAGUUACAGUCGCUUGUUAUAGUGACUAUUUAUCUAAGCGAGAUCAAAGAGAUUUUAAAACUAAUUUCGAUCCGUUUAAGUUAACAAAUGAAGUUAAAUAUAGAACAUUUGAAAAAAUGUGUGAUGAUAAGAUAACAGGUGAAAAUAAUAGACCAAGUUUGAGAGACAUUAUUUCAAAUAUUAUGUCAGGAAAACGUCUUACUCCUCAAUCGAAUCAAAUAAAUCAAAAUAAACCAUCGAUACUUUUAAUCGAUGAAGUUGACGUAUUUUGUUCCGAUGGAUUUGGUAUUUUAUAUUAUCCACUAACUCAUAUCUGUGAUAAAUACAUAGGUGAAAUGCAAAAAUCUAUUUGGGAAAAUAUAAGAAAUGGUUUUCGUGAUAAAAGCCAUUUAAAGAGCUUAGCUAAUAGUCUUAUAGAAAAAUCGAGUAGUCAAAGUGAAUUUUUAUCACAUUUAAUUAAAUUCAAUAUCAUUGAGGGACAUUUAGAUAAAAUGAUAAGUACAGCUUUACGAGUUGAUAAUGAUAUUGAAAAAGAAAAUAAUCUUCGACAUAAAUAUCAAAUUAUUGAUGGAAUUAUACAUAGCAAAAACCGCGAUGGUCGAUUUUCUAAAAAGAUAUUCUAUGGCUAUGAGAAUAGUUUCUAUUAUUUAAAUUUUAUGUAUGAAAAGCAGAGUAGUUUUAAUCAAGUUGAAUUAAAGGAAGAAAAUUUUGGAUAUUUAUUAUUUGACUGUGGAAAGAUUUCAUAUUCAGAAUUACCUAAUUCGUAUAAUGGAAUAUUUGGUGUUAGUGGAACAUUAAAAGACUUAUCAACUGGUGAAGAUUCUUUAUUAAAACAUUAUAAAAUUAAUCAAAAAUCUUAUUAUCCAUCAUUUUUUGGUGAUUCAAGAUUAGAAUUUGAUAUUCAUCAUGAUUUUGCUAUUGAAGUAACAAAAAAAGAUUGGUUUAAUACAAUUGUUACGAAAAGUCGAGGUAAAGUUCAAAAUGAUCGAGCUGUUUUAAUAUUUUUUGAUACUGAAGAAUUAUUAGAUGAAUUCGAUGCAUCUUAUUCAGGAGAUUUAGGAGUUAUUCCUUAUUGUAUUACAAAAACUAAGAUAAUUAUUGACAAAAAAAUAAAACUAUACAGUGAUGAUGAUGUAGAGAAGUUAAUUAAAGAUGAAUUUGCUGGACAUCAUAGACAUGUUACUCUUUUAACAAAAGAGUUCGGAAGAGGUGUUGAUUUUCAAGCAGAAGCAAAAGUCAAUGAUAAAGGUGGUAUGCAUGUUAUUCAAACAUUUUUUUCAAUGGACGUUAAAGAAGAAACUCAAAUAAAAGGAAGAACAGCAAGGAAAGAUGAGCGUGGUAGUUAUGAGUUAGUUUUGUGUUUAGAACACUUAAACUCUGCAACAAAAAAUACAACCUAUUCAGAAUUAGAUACACAGAGAAGAGAAAUAGAAAAUUCACUCGUUAAGGAUAAAAUGGAAACUAUUAAAAAGAAUAAAGAAGUACAUGAUAAAACACUGUCAUUUUAUCAAGAUGCAAUUAGUGAAUGUAACGAUACAAAUCGAAGACAAUUUAUCGAAAGAAUUCAAGAAUUAUAA